UAGUCGGAUUCAUUCAUUGGUCAAGAAGUUACAUGAGUACGAAUACAAUAUCAGAAUGGAAAUGGAAUGGCGCUGGAGAAAUACAAAAGAGACUGAUGUGCGAUUUAUUUUGAGUGUCUAGAUCUAGAUUUCUAAAUCUAGAUUCUUGAUCUAUUGGUGUGAUGAAACUCUGUUAACCUGACAUCGCGGACUUAAAUAUGAAGAAAUUAAGCUUCCUGAAAAAAAGUUCAGGACCAUCAGAUUCAAGUGUUGACUGCCCUGUCAAUUUCGCUCAGGCAGAUUCAGAGCACAGUGAAAGCUCUUUAGAUGACUUCCAUGUUGUUCGCCAUGGGUCAAGCUUCAUGAACUGCAUUGUUAUCGGACAUCCAUUUCUCACUUACAAUGUAACGGUUACCAAGGAAUUCCUUGAUAAGCACAACCUUCUCCUUGGCACCUACUAUGUGCUUGGGAAUGAUUCGAGAUACAUCAUGGAGGAUGCGUUUAAAACAUACAGGGAAACUCAAAAUAUCAAAACAGGUCCUGGCGGAGAAGCUUUGGUUAUUGCCAGAACUAUUCAGUGGUUGACAGGGCAACCUAAGUCUGUGGUCUUUAUUGGCACCCGGUCAAUGGAUGACGAUUCUCACCGCUUAAUGACCCUAGCUCGUAGUACAGGUGUUAGCCUUCAGCUACAGGAGGUGAAGCAAGCUAUUACCAGCGUGCAUCUUGUGCUUCACUUUAACAAAGGGAGAAGUGAAAUUUUCUUCAGUGAUUGGUGGUCAGUUCCGAUCAAGCUGUCUUACAUGGACACAAAUUGCAUCACCAAGAUACUGGAAAGGGCGAAUCUGUUUUUUGCAUGUGAUUUGACAAUCUGCUUCAUGCCAAAGGCGCUGCUGCGACUGGCCUACUACUGCUGCGCCCGUUUCAAGCAGUUCUGUGUCAGUCUUUCUCACUAUGGCUUGGUGUGCCAACACAAGCAGACUAUCAUGGAGACUCUUGCCUACACCGACGUGCUCUUCAUGGACUUAGAGUGUGCUCAAGGCUUGAUAAAGUUGUACAACAUACCAAUUUCAUGUCUCGUAUGCUCUUCUUUUGAACACCAAGCUCGUGCCAUCAGUAAGUGGAUCAAAUCCCACUCCAAGAAAACAUGCACUGUUAUUGUCAGUGAUGGUCUGUACGUUGCCUAUGUUCACACAGACCUGCACAGCGGUAAAACUUCAAAGUUCCGGUCAAAAUAUUUGAAGGCUGACAAAGUCAUCGAUUUUUAUGGAGUCAACUAUGCAUUUGUUGCUGGCUUCAUGGCAAUGAUGAUCCAAGGGUGCUCACUUGAGGUGAACAUUGACUGUGCCUUCUUUACUGCUAGCUUGGUGUCCACCAUGUAUGGUGUGGACUUUGCCAGCGGAGAAGAUAAGACGCUGACAGAAUGGAAACGGCGGAUGGAACUCGGAGAGCUCAACGUUGGCAACAAGGGAAACAAGAAGCUUUUGAGUAUGCCCUUCACUGUGUUCCCGAGCCCGUGGAAGCCCAGAACUUCAGAGGGUAGAGACGAAAGUGCCAAUGUUGAAGAUUGGUUUUAAACAGAUGGAAUUCAGUCAUUUUGUUUCACAAAAUGGAUUGAUUCGAGUAUUGGUGAUGAUAUCUAAUAAAUAGACAAAAAAGAUAGAGCUUUAUCCAUACUAAUCCAUGUGAUCAAUUACGUUCAGGCUGCUAUGACCUGGUUUACACUUUAGGAAGAUACUUUUGCCCUUAUCUCUGUGGUUCUGCAAUUAUUUUUCCAACAAAUAGUAGUUUGAUGAUUAGUUGUCGUGAUGGUGUUUAAAACAUUAACAAAAGCUGCCCAUGUUGUGUUUGGUAUUAAAAGAAUGUUUAACUCUUUAAACCCCAUCGGACGCUGGGAGCGUCCGGCGGUAAUAACUCUGUUCUCCAUCGGACUCUGGGAAUGUCCGAUACUAGUAACAACAUUUUCGUUUUACUUGGUGCUAGUUUUUGCUUGUUUUUCGGAACUAUUCCUGAACCAAGUCUUUUAGUAAUGACUAAGCAUUUGUUUCCGCC